UGCAUUUCAUAAUUUUUUUGUGAAAGUCAAGACAUUUCAAGAAACCAGUCUGGUCGUGAGUCGUGACUCCUAAUUCCCUGCGCAGAUAGGCUGAGCAGCAUCAUAGCAUUGCAUCAAUUUGCAUAACUGUGUUUGACUGAUAAGUGAUAGCUACUAACGAGCAGUGGCUGUAUGUGUUUGUACCUUGUUCAGAAUUAUUUGAAUAGAAUUCUACUCAGCUGCGGUACAGCUAGCUGCCAGUCAGUAAAAAAAGUCCACAAACUUCACUCUUGCUUUGUAGCUGGUACAGGAUUCUAGAUACGUGCAGUCAUUUAUUGACACUAUAUCAGUGCGUUCUCAUGCAGCUGGUAGCUGAAUGUGAUCGACAUUAAUUUGGCCAAAUUCUGACCUAAGAUUUGCCUUGCAUCCUUCUACAUGAUCCGGACCGAGGAAUACAGGCAGUAGUGUUGUGUACAGGCAGCCAACUGAACAACGCACAAUGGAAGUCUCACUCUCACCGGGGCUAUCUGAGCCUCGUGAUGAUCAAGCUGAGAAGUCGCGCGAUGCGGAGAACGCCGAAGCGGAUUUGCAGUGUCCAGUGUGUCUGGAGCGAAUUAAGGACGUCAGUUUCCUGGAUUUGUGCUUCCACCGGUUCUGCUUUGACUGCGUGAUGAAAUGGGCCGAGGUGAAUCGCUCCUGUCCGCUGUGCAAGAUGACGUUCAAGAGCAUCAUUCACAAAGUGCGCAGCAUCUACGAUUAUGAGCAGUUUGAUUUGCCAGGCCUGGCAUCAAAGGAUGGAGCUCCACGCCAAGGUGGCCGGCUGUAUUUCUCGGAAACAAUGCCAGACGGACGCAGAUUUCACUACAGCUCAACGAUGAUAGGUGACCAUCACCGUUCUACCACUUCAGCGACGGACAGCACAAAUACGAAUGCGAAUACUAGACACCAUGUGGCUUCUGGUUCAGGAGCAGUGUCGGUGGCAGUGACUUCCUUGUCGUCGUCCAGCACUACCGCCGCCGCAUCCUCUUCAUCCUCCCGUGCGGGCACCGCCGCCGGCGCUGUGUCCGUUCGCCAGCGUCGCAACGACGCCGCCAUCGCGCGUCGCAGAAUGGUCUACGCAAAUCAGAUCACAACACACUUGCCGCCAGAUCGAAUUCGUCGCCAACGUAACAUCACGGCAACUUUCUACAGGAAUAAUCCGGCUGCAACACACCGGCUUGCGCCGUGGCUCUCCCGUGACCUGGGCAUUCUUCUGCUUGGUGAUGCGGAGCAUACGAAUUUUGUCGCUGACUUCAUUCUGAAGCUAGUUUCCCGGAUCGACAUGGACUCGAAUGAAUUUGCUGACGAGGUCCAGGCAUUCCUGCACGACAGGUCACCACUCUUUGUGCAAGAGCUUCUGUCAUUCGCACGCUCUCCGUUUGAUGUUACUGGCUAUGACUCUGCAUGUAUCUACAACGGCCUUCGGGUCACUGAAGAACCACGCUCGCUACAAGAUGGCGGAGAAACUGAACGUGUAUUGCGAGAUGCUGGACAGCUUCAUCUGCAGCAGGCGAUAUUCGAGGAGCUCGCCGCCACCAGUUGGGACACUCCGGCUCAUGCUGCUGCUCCUGCAGGUGGCGAGUCCACGCCUGGCCAUAGUGACGAGCUACCAGGAGCAAGACCAGCACGCAGUGGUGGUGGUGGUGGUGGUGGCGGCAGUGCUUGGUCUGAUCGUGAAUCAGAUGAUGACAGUCUGUUAGUAACUGCCGUGUAUUCGCCAAACACAGCGGUCAGAAGAGGCCGCGAUCAUCACCCAUUAGUUACUAUUGAUAUUGAUGAUGAUAGCAACACUUCCGACCACACCAUCACACUGAUGUCCUCGUCUAGUCCGACUGCACUUAGUGGAGCGACUGGUGACGCUCCCCACUCAAACUCUCCCACGGUCGAUGGACAAGGAGAGGCAGCAUGUCCGCUGUCCUCGCAUGAAAAUCAAGCACACAGUUCCGAUGGUCACACUGCAGAAUGCAAGCGCGAGCUAAGUCCCAGCCGCCUAUCACCGUGUAGCACUGAAGAGUCGGAGCGGACUGCGCAGGAUAUCAGUUUAAGUACGGCUGCCGUUGAGCCUUGUGCAGAGCAGCAGGACCCGCCUGUACUGACCCAGGCCGAUGAGCAGCAAGCUAGUCAACGACAUAGUGGCACUGCUCAGAUAUCUAGCCCAGGUCGUUCUCAACGCCAGUCCUCUCCGAGCGGAGGGCAUGUGGGAAGUGCAGCUGAGCCUACCCGCCGUGCUACAGUGCACAGCAAUGCUUCUCCGUGCUCACACCGGCAUGCACAGUCACCGAGUCGCUCUCGCUCUCCAACGUCACGGCAACAGCGGCAACAACAACAGCAGCAUAGCGAACAGCACCAUCGACAUCGUCGAUCUCGUUCCAAACACCGUUACACCAGCAACUCGCGUUCGCCGCCAAGCCACCACCGCAAGCAUGCGCGUUCCAGGUCAAAGUCGCACUCGCGCAGCCAACGUCGCUCGCAUCCACGCUCCCCAGCGGCUCGCGAUCAUGGCGAAACGCGCAGCCGUCACCGCCACGUGUGUCAGCACCAUCGUCAGCAGAUACGUCGCAGUCGAGCCCGCAGCCGAGACCGCAGUCGAGAUCGCAGUAGCGAACGUGCACGCCAGAGACGGAGGUCCCGCUCAUCGUCCUUGUCACGCCGCCGCCGCAGGGCCCAUUCACCGGCGAUGUCUUACUCAUGGAGGCACCGUCGCCGUGAAGGAGAACGCACAUCAACAGCAUCAUCACCGUCGUCAUCAUCAUCAUCAAGAAGUAGAUCCAGAGCUCGACAUGAACGUUACGAACGGAAUUCUUCUCGCCGUGACCGUGGCCGGAAUCAUAGAUCAAUACGCCAAUCUUCAUCUUCUUCUUCGCCUAGAAGAAGACGAACAUCCAGACGGAAUAAUUCCAACGGACGCCGCUCUCUUAGCCCCCGAAGAAGACCUCAGUAUGUAGCGGGCCGUAUGAAGACAGUCUCUCGGUAUUCCCAGGAAAAACGUCCUCGGCGAGACAGUAAUCAGAGGCAAGAGAUGUACAGCCGGGAAGAGAGGCACAGCCGGGAAGAGAGGCACAGUCGGGAAGGUGCUAAACAGUAUCGGCAACAGCAGCAACGAGUGCGUUCACCAAAAUCGCAUGGCAUCUUACGCAACGAGUCUCCCGGACCAGCCAUUUCUUCUCGCCAGCAGCAGGGUCAGGCAAGCGAACGCCGUGACAAAUGCCUGAGCAGCGUUGUCGCGCUCCCAUCUGGCCAUCAGACCAGUAAGCGCGAGCAGAGGCAGCAGCAGAACUUGACCGAGGAAGUGCUACAACUCGAGCACCAGUAGCAGGAGCUGCGCGACGAACUGUCCGCUACCCAUGACCGGGCUAUGCACGUGCUGGCCCAGCUGGAGGUGCUCGGCACUGGCAGUGCAGGUGACGGCGGCGGCAGCUGUGACAUUGAGCAUGCGGGUAGCAGUGCAGCGAGGGCUGGUAGCAGUGCAAUCACAUUGCGUACCUCUAGCGCCGCUGCAGCUACUACUGCCCCUGACGAUGACGCCGAUCUUGAUGCUCUACAGCAGGAAUAUGUACAACUGGACGCCGAUAUACUGCGUGCCAAGAAAUCUCUGGUGCGUGUCAUGAACCGACUAGAACAUGCAACAGGUCUUGGUACUGCCCCUGAGUCCAGCACUGAUAAGUGAUUCAAUCUGACCGAAAAAGUUGAAAUCACAUUGUUUUGCCUGACUCCUUUAGAAAAUGUGUGUCUAUUUCAGGAAGUAAAUUGAAAUUUCAAAGAAGUCUACUGAUUUCCUUCUUUCUUCCUAUUUUUAUCUAUUUUACGUUAAA